AUAUCGUAAUGAUGUGUUCAGGGAUGUGUUGAUGUGUGUCUUCUCUGUCGAUUAACGUAAUCAUAUAUGAUUAUCCCCAUGACAACACAUGACAAAGCGAGCAAUGGUACAAGUGUAUGGCGUCCACAAAUGGCAAAGUUUAAUAUAUGAGUCGAGUGUUUGACAUGGCUGUAAGAUGUGAAUCUGAUUCGUUGACUUCUAAUUUUGUUGAACUGUUGUGAUUGUUGAGAGAGAUCUAUAAUGGUAUUCAAGAUGUGUGUUGUGAAAUUUGGCUGAAUGGUUUCCCUGCUACUAUCUCCUGGUCUGCCCAGGAGAAUUCUCCCCUUUGCUGUCUUUCUCACAGCCUUCACGGUUGUCAUGACAAUACUCUUCUUGUCCUUUGAUUUAAAAGCCCCCAAACAUCGUGAAUUGUUCAACUUCACCCGAGAUCUUGACUUCAGUAGUGUUGGUCAAGACAAUCCUCAAUUCAUAGCCUAUGUAAGGGCAGUUCAUUUACAGUCACCACCUAAUUCAGUGAGAGUGGUGGAAAAAUUUAAUAUUAAUCAUCAGACUUUGUUGGUGGCCAGUAUACUCAAUAACAAAAUUACUUUCCGCCAAAUAUCAGCGAGUGAUGGGGGUGAUGAUGGACUUUCUAAUUUCACUAGAGUCAAGUGUUUCCCAUUAUAUUCUUUGCUCCUUGCAGCAAAGAUGACAGAAGUGGAUUAUUUGAGUUUGGAUGCAGAUGGUGCUGAAGUGGAGGUUUUAAAAACUCUUCCAUUAGAGCAUGUUGAUAUAAAUAUCAUUAGUGUGGAGAAAAAAGUCAACAAAUCUGACUUGAUGAACUUUAUGACAGUCCAUCACUAUGAGCUUAUUUAUGAAUUAUCAGAUGUGUAUAUUUUCAAGAUGAAUAGACUAGAAUUGCUGAGCUCACCAAGGGCCAGUGUGUAGAACGUAAAGACUUGAGAGCAGCAUUCUUGUUGUUUUUGUGGAAUGCUGAAAUGCAGAAAGCUUAUUUUCACUUCCGUGGAAGUUCUCCUUGUAAGGACAAAGUCAUGUUAAUAAUAGUGAUUCAUAAGUAUUUUGAACCCUGGUAAUACCAGCCUAAAGUUAAGUUGAAGAACAGGCCCCCUGCAACAGGGGCAAUGUCCAUAGCCUUGGUCACAUUGUCCAGACUGCGUACAUUAGUUUCUUCGAUUCAGAACAUGCAACAUCAUUUCAGCAAUUUCUUCAAAUGUCCAGAGUUUUUGAACCAUGUAAUCAUUGUUAACUCUUCCUCUACAUCAGGAAAAUACCUGACUUAAUAAUUACUGAAGAAAAUGAAAAAUUGAGUGGAGAAGCAGAAGAGACUUCUCUUCACUGUCCCUUGACAUUUGUCACAAGAAAAUAUUUGUUUUUGUUGAUGACAAAUGCAAUGAGUUGUUAAUAAGCAUUCUCUGUGCUUACUCUGACCAUAAUUUUAAUCAACUCUAUUGAAUUGUGACUGGUGUAAAGUAUUGUAUUAGGAAAAUUCUGUUAGAGAAUUGAACCAGAGUAUUAAAAUAAACAUUGAACUGGACUCUUUAAUGAAACUUCCAAAGACUUUUUGCUAUUGUACCACCAAAAAGUUUCAAGUGGCCUUAUCGUUUAUAGAAGAAAAGACUGCAGACUAAUUACAUUAAUUUAUAGUAGUAGUUUGAAGAUGUGUUGCAUUUCUACAUUUUUAUACUGAAAGAUAUUUUAUAGUUUCCAUAUUUGCAAUGAAUCUAUUGCAAGUAUUCUGUGAUAUUAAUUUUUUUCUUUUCAUAGUUGUAACUACACUUGAGUCAAUUACUAUUGGUUUUUUGUGUUCAAAGUGUGGCUAUUAAGUUGUUUAAAAGAACACUAAUGCCUAUGUUCAAUUUAAAUAUUCACAUUCUUAACCUUUAAAGAUGGAAUGCCAUCUUCAGAUGUCAUAUUCAUUCCAUCUGUAUUCGCGGGAAGCCAUACCUAGACAUCUGAGAUUUCCUUUGUGCAUUGGAAUGCCAUGUCGAGACAGGAAGGUCUCUUCAGCAGUGCACUAAGCAAGCUCUCUGCUUCUGUGCUCAAACUAGAUCCUAUGUUAAAAAGUUAGUGUACUCACAAAAGACAUUAUAAUCAUUAUAAAAAACAAAAUAAAUAUUAAAGAAAUAAUAAUAAUAAAAAUAAUAAAACAUAUUUAUCUGAAAUUCAUGGAACAAAAACAUUUCUGCUGAAAAAAUCAACAGUUAUAAUAAAAGAUUAGUACAAAAUAUUUGAGAUCAUAUUGUUCAAUAUAAAAAAAAGCCAAUUUCUUUAAGAUAUCUCUUCUAAUUUCUUAGUUGUUAGGUUACUCGUGGAGCAAAUGCAUGUUGUAAUGUAGCAUAAUAAAUACAGUAAAAGAGUCUUCACUAUAAUUUCUAUGAAACUGUGGGUCACACAGUUGUGGCACUAGAAAGAAUUACUUAUAAUUCAAAUUCUUCUGUUGAAUUUUGAACAUGCACUCUUUGGUUGUGGAUGCCUAAGGUAACUCUCAAUUCAAUAUAUGCAAGCAUCAUCACAUUGCAAUCUCUAAUGCAUCUAGCAUCACAAGAGGAACCAGCCAGAAAACCAAUUCCCUGUCAUAUCACCUCGAGUUGUGUAUUGUCUUGAUAAUUAUUAAAAUAAAAUCAUGAUGCUUUAUGCAUGAUAAUUAUCAAAAUUAAAUUGACAUAGCAAAAGUACAGAAUUAAAUGCAGUAGUCAGUAUUCAUAUUAUAUUUAUCAUGGUAGUUUCAUGACUAAUUUAGUCAAAAAUAACAUCCAAUGAUCCCAUACACAUAAUAAGUUCCUCACAAUCUCUCUUAGCAACUUUGUUUCCUGUCAUUGGAAAAUAAAAAGAAGUUUCAUAUUUUAAAAAUAAAUUAUCAUAAUAAUAUGAAAAGAUGUAAAUAAUACUUAACAAUCACUGGCAAAAUACUGCAAAUUAUUAAAAUGCUAUUAUUUCUUUGAACCUUUUAUAUUUUCUUUGUAAGAAAUUAAAGUAUGGUAUAUAAUCACAAAAUUUCAAAAUUUUACAUUUUUCAAUUAAAAGCUUUUUUAAGACAUGAACUUAUUAUUAAUAUGCCAUUGGAUAGAUUUAAUCUAUAAGAAAUGAGAAUUAUAAUUUGGAAUAUAUAGUUUGGAAGCUUGUAUUUUACAACAUGCUUAUGAAAAGACGAACGAUAAUUUCUGAGUGUCAGAGACUUAAUUUUUAUCUUCAAUGAUGUGAUGAUGUUUUAUUAGAAUUCUCAAACUGCUUAUAAGAAGCUUCAAUGUAGAACUAGUGCUCUAAUAGAUUUACUAUAGCACUAAAUGAAACACAUUUGCAAGAACCAUGAAAUUCUAAUCAUGUUUCCACAUCAGAAUUGUUUCAUUUGUAAUGAUUAUCCCAUUUAUUAGUGUGAAGAAUUUCUGAGAACUUUCAGUUUCUUCAAUUUAUUUGUGUGAAAUCAUGAUGCUCUGAACCGUAAAAUUUUUUCGAAUGUUUGUUCUGAGCUUGGAUUCAGUUGCUUAACUAAUCAUUUGCUGCAAGAGGAAAAUUACACAGAAAACCUAGUCAUCUUCAGUACUAGUCUGAGCAAGCAAAAUGAAACAGAUGUUGAAAGCUGUAAAAUAUAAAUUUUAUUAAUGGACAAGCCCCAUUCAAUUAUUCAUUUUUAUUGAUCAAAAUUACGUUGAACAGUAAAGCAAGAAUCUUUAAGCUAAAAAUAUGCAUAAGUUGAGAUUGUGAGAAUAAUUAUCUUGACAGUUUUCUUUGUGAAUUAUUAUAAUAAAUCUAUUUACAAUAUUUGAGAUAUAAUUAUGUAUAGAAACUAUUAAAAUUGGAGAAUACCAAUGUGCUUCAAAUGUACUAAUUUUGGAUUUUAUAACCUGUGUUGCUUAAUAUUUAGAUGUGAUGCAUCAUCAAUUUUUUAAAGAAAUAAAGUGCAGUUUGGUACUAAAAUUAUCUGCUGUUACAUGUAGUAUUCAAAAUAAAACUUUUCUUCUGGCUAAAUUAUUUCUUUAUAUGGAAAAAUACAAUAACAUUAAUUUUGAAUAAAGUCUUUGGGAAAGCCUCCCAAAGCCUCCGUCCAUGUAUGCAUUCCUUUGAGUUUGCAAAUAAUACUCAGUGAAUAUAUAUUUAAUGUAAUUUGAUGUUUAUAAUUCUGAUUGUUAAGUUCUCCUUGUAUAUAUAUGUACCUGCCUUGUUUAUUUGCUAUUUUGUGAAUAAAAAUAAUCUGAUUGAAAUUUAGC